AGGGGUGAGCCAGCCCGCGUAUUCGAUUUAUCCCAGCUCAGAGUCGGUUCUGCUGAGGUCCCACGGCAGACAAACCAGCUUAGGAGAGGCAAAGGCAAAUGCUGGCUCCCUCUGAGCACCAGCUGUUUCCGCCCUAAUGGAGGAAGCUUUUCGCUUGGCUUUGUGUGUGAUGGUGGGUCUGCUGCUCCUGCGGGGAUCGCGCCUGGCAGGAGCUAUCGAGACUGGAAACGCUGUCAGUAAGGGCAGCGAUGAGGAAGGAAAAGAGGCAACGGAUCCUCAGACGCUGACUGUCACAACAAUCCUGCAAGAUCCCUAUGCGAUGGCAAGAGGCACAGAGCUGGAGGGCUACUGCCUAGAUCUGCUGGACGCGCUCGCCAAGAUGCUGCACUUCAACUAUAAGGUGACGAUAGUGAAAGAUGGCCGCUAUGGGGCGGUCUCCUCCGGCGGGAACUGGACGGGGAUGGUCGGCGAGAUCAUCAGACAGGAAGCAGACCUCGCUGUGGCUCCCUUGACAAUCACGUCAGCGAGGGACGAGGUGAUUUCCUUCACCAUGCCAUUCCUGGCCACGGGGAUUGGGAUCCUGCUCAGGAAGGAGGCUGCCUCCCAGGGUGCUUCUCUCUUCGGCUUCCUCGCUCCCUUCAGUAAGGAGACCUGGACUGGCGUGAUGGUUGCUUACCUGCUGACCUGCCUCUGCCUGUUUCUUGCAGCCAGGCUGAGCCCCUGUGAAUGGAAGGAGCCCAAGAGUGAGGAGAACCACUUCACCUUUCUGAACAGCCUCUGGUUUGGAGCGGGAGCUCUUACCCUGCAAGGUGCAGCACCUCGUCCCAAAGCACUGUCCGGGCGAAUCAUUGCCACCAUCUGGUGGCUCUUCACCAUCUCUCUGCUGGCUGCCUACAUUGCCAAUUUCACCGCCUUGCUGUGCUCUGGGAACGAGCCGCUUCCGAUCCAGACUUUUGCAGAUCUUGUGAAGCAGAGAGAGAUCGAGUUUGGGACAGUAGAAGGUUCCUCCACGUUUCAGUUCUUCAAGAACUCCAGGAAUCCCAUCCAUCAGAUGAUCUACGAGUACAUGGACAAGAGGAGAGACCACGUUUUAGUCAAAAACUACCAUGAGGCAGUUCAGCGUGUGCUGGAAUCGAAUUACGCCUUCAUCGGGGAAUCCAUAUCCCAAGACCUUCUUGCAGCCAGGCACUGCAAUUUGACCAGGGCCCCCGAGGUCAUUGGAGCAAGGGGAUUCGGCAUCGCUACAGCAAAGGGAUCACCCUGGGCCAAUAAACUCUCCCUUGCUGUCCUGAAACUGGGCGAAUCAGGCAACCUAGACUACCUGCGUAACAAGUGGUGGGAAACCACCUGUUUCCAUAAGGGCCCAGACACAUGGAGUCCUCUGAAACCCCAAGCCAUGGGUGGACUUUUCCUGGUUCUUGCGAUCGGCCUCAUGCUGGGAGUGAUUGUGGCUUUGGUGGAGUUGUCAAACAGGAGCCGACAUGCUGCUAAACGGGAGAAGAAAUCUUGCUGCUCUGUUCUCAGCGAGGAGAUGAGUCAUCGGUUCAGAAUAAAAGAAGGUGUAAGAGAGAAUCCAGAAAAGGUUAAACCAUAAGAAGCUCUUUGGGGAGUGGAGGCUCAGUAUUAAUCAAUUUCUUUCCUACUGUGUGUAUUCACUAGCAGCUGUUUCUCUGCACUGGCAUAUAUCUCUGUACGCCUAGAGCGUAGCUUCCCUAGCACUAGGAAAGGUCAGUCUCUAUAAUGAUUGAACCGCAUGCAGAGAACUACAUAGCUCAGAGGACUGAUUCCAGAUCCUAGCCGCUCUAGAGCGCUAAAUUCAGUCUAGCAAUGAUGACUGAAGAUGUCAGCAUCUGAUGGCUGUCAGAUGGCCCACAUAAAACCGUCCCAGCUCAAAGGUUGAGGACUGAGCAAACGUGGUGAGUGAGCACCACAAUCAUAAAAGGUUCUGUCUACACUGGACUUGUCAGUGUGGCUGCAGCAGCUAACAGUAGCAGCGAAGCCUUAGCAGCAUGGGCCGAAUAGUGCCCCCCCCCCCCCCGCUGGGUAUGUUUUGAAGCAAUUAGCCCAUGUUGCCACAGCUUCACUUCUCUUGUUAUUUGAGCUAGCUUGGGUAUGUCUGUGUGCCACAAUCACCCCUGACUGCAGUGUAGACAUACCCUUAGCAUAUGGCGGCACUGCAGCUGGGGACGUGACUGGCAGCUUGUGUAGGGUAAGCUAGCGCGAGUACCAGCUAGCACAGGUCUGUCUACAGGCUGAGCCAGGCCCACCCUCGGCUGCAGGGUAGACGUACCUUUAGAAGUGGACCCUGCAGCUCAGAGUUGAGGCACAUAAGCAACAGCCGCUGAUGCGUCUCUGCCCUGUCCCCUGGGCUGUACCUGCUCUGUGACAAAGCAGAGGAUUGUGGCUGUCAAGUCAGUAACUUCCAUCAGUGGUAACUGGUUUUUUUAAAUGCUCAAAACUGGAGCUGCGAAUGAAGUGGGAUCAGUGUGAAUAUUCUAGAACCAAGCCUAGGAGACUAUAAUGAGACUUCCAGAGCAGCAUAAAAUAGAAUGAGCAGCAUUUUCCAUGGUGCUGCGUAGGUUCCCGCCUGCCAUUUUUCAGGAUGACAAAGAUCAUGUCUGUACAGAGCUCUGAGUACUGAAAACGAAACACGUAUCAAAGAACAGCUUUGCUGGACAGCAUACACUUAUUCGGCUCCAGAGCAUGGGAACCACUGUAUUAAAAAGCAAACGGUGAUAUUUAGCUUUUAAGUUAAUGCAGCUGCUUGGCACCUGCCAAUGUUCAUCAGUAUAACUUCCUCCCAGGGAGAUUUCAAAACCCGUCUGCUAGCCAGGAGCAUGCUGAAGGGCACAGAGGUUGAGAUUCACUCUCGUGCAAAACUUCCAGUCUCAGGUUCCCAGGUCUCACUCACCUAAUACACAAAGGUGAGUUUUUCACAGUGAAAAUGUAUUGGCAUCAGCCUAUUAAAAAACAAAGGGAGGGGGGUGCAAAUCUUGCUGCCUGCAGUUUUCGAAUUGAGUGACUCAGUUUCAGCCACCCGUGGAAAGAGUGACUGCAAUGGAAUAGUAAUAGCUUCAGUUAUGCUGAGCUUGAACUAGAUAAAAUGAGGUAAAUCAACUAAAAUAACCCAGCUCUUAAACCAGCAGGGCCAAUUUAAAGGGUCCCAGCUUAACUAAUGUGUGAUCAAACAUUGCACUGCAUUGUUAUUAUGCUUGGUUUCGCAGAGUUUUCGUGCCUUUCAACAUAUCAGAAGAUCUGGGCUUGGUGGCAUGUUACACAGCAUAUGCAUUGCCCUCCUGUAUAUACUGCCUUGUAUCUGCUGCUCAUUUUGCUUGGGUGUAGUGGGAAAGGGUAAAGAGGCAGAGUCAGUUUCAGUAACAUACUAUUGGCAACUGCAAAGCUUGAGAAACCUGCAUUGCCUUGUGGUAGCAAAAACACCUGGAGAGAGUAUCUUUGCACCUGGCAACUAAGAGUUCUGUCAAAGCGUAAGGGAUGCUAAAAACGUUAGAGGUCCAGUCUGAUCACUUGGUUGAAGUUACUUAAGGACAUGUUUAAUCCCAGCUAUUACAGAGUAGGAAUUUUCAAAUUAAACAUUCAAUGAUACUGUC